AUGGCUGGUGGUACUGGUCAGAAGCUCACGACUGCGACGACGAUAGUCGCAGGCGUCGCAGCUCUGGUUGCCACACUUCUUUCUAUUGUGGUGCCCAUAUAUUCCAUCGCUUCGUGGACAAGCAUGAUCUCGUUGAAGGCCGCGCAGUUUGUUGAUCCCGUUCGCGAUAUUUAUGAGGCCUUUACGAUCUACACCUUCUUUCACCUUCUUAUCAACUACCUCGGUGGUGAGCGAUCCUUGAUUAUCAUGACCCAUGGCCGCGAGCCUGUUAGCCACCUAUGGCCCAUGAACCAUGUCCUUCCUCGCGUCGAUAUUUCGGACCCUCACACCUUCCUGGCUAUCAAGCGCGGAAUCUUGCAAUACGCCUGGCUGAAGCCUGUUCUCAGCGUCGCUUCGAUCAUCAUGAAAGCCACCGGCACAUACCAAGAGGGCUAUAUCGGUCUUUCCUCCGGCUAUCUCUGGAGUGGCAUCGUCUACAAUGUCAGCGUGACUCUGAGUCUAUACUCACUGGGUCUGUUUUGGGUCUGCAUGCACCAGGAUCUGUUGCCGUUCCGCCCUGUGCCUAAGUUUCUCUGCAUCAAGCUCAUCAUCUUCGCGUCGUAUUGGCAGGGGUUUCUGCUGUCCAUUCUGGUGUGGCUGGGUGCUAUCCCUGACAGCGUUGAGGGCUACACUCCCGACAACCUUGCGGCCGCCAUACAGGACGCUCUGAUCUGCAUCGAAAUGCCGGUAUUCGCUGUCGCGCAUUGGUAUGCAUUUUCGUGGCAUGACUUUGCUGACCGAAAUGUUCUCGCCGCACGCAUGCCCGUCAAAUUUGCCUUUCGUGACGCCUUCGGCAUCAGGGAUCUCAUCGAGGAUACGAAGCAGACCUUCUCGGGUGACCAGUACAACUAUCGCAUAUACGAUUCAGGUGACAAGAUCAUGCCCCACGAGGAGUCGCGUGCCAGGCUUGGGAGGCUGAAGGAGGGCAUGCGGUACCAGCGCGGUGGCAAGGGCAAGUACUGGAUUCCGACACCCGGUCAGGUCGACCGACAGGUCAACCAUGACCUCAAUGAGCGCGAUCCCCUCCUAGCUGGCACUGCUGGAGGGCCAAGCGAGGAGUACAAUUUCGAAAAUGGCACCUUCCAUGACAUUGAUGAGGAGAACAAAGAUCCCGAAGAAGAGGAGCUCUACGCCAAAGCAAGAGAGCUCGAAUAUGGGGAUUGGAAUUACCCCGUCAUCACUGCCCAUGAACCGCUGCGCGAGCGUUACGCUCGAGCUCCAGACGGCAACUACCGCUACCAGCCCUCCAGGCCGCAGGGCACGCGUGCAUACUCACAGAACAGCCACCAGUCUAGCGAGCCAUCCGUCGUCAGCAGCAGGCCGAAGAAGCAGAAACAGAAGCAGAAGCAGAAACGCAUUCCCGCUCCGAAGCUCUCUGGACAGGGUCUUGUCCCCGAUCACUCCUCUCCAACCGCUGGCCCGGCAGCGACCUCCUCGAAUGUUUCAACGCCCAGGGUUCAGUCGCCCAAGCCAGUUCAUGCGACAGCCGCCGAGAGCGAAAGCGCUGAGACGCUUGCUUCUUCCAAGACCAAAGACGACAGGAAGAAGCCGGCAGCUACCCCCCAGAAGCAGGCCGCGCCCCACGAGUCCUCGCCGUGGGCGAAUAAGGACGAAUCGGAGGACGAACCAGAUCUACGCUUCCGCGUCGGCGAUGAGGAGGAGUUCCGUAACGUGUGGGAUGGAGGCGACCAGCGCGAUCACAGUUAG